CUUACGUCCUUCAUUUGUUUUCCUUCAUUUGUUUUUUGCGGCCUGGAGCUGUGUUGUGUCACUCACUUGUGAGCAGACAGGAGGGAUGGCCAUGACUGGGAGCCUGUCCCCAGAACCUUCCAUCACAAGCGCCCCAGUUCCUGUGUUAUUCAUGUGUGUCUACUUCAAGAAAUUAACUUCCAAUUCUCCUCGCUGACAAAUGAGAGAGAAUGAAGACCAGUGACCCAGCAGCAGCCCCCCAGGAUGCUCUGGGCAUGGCCUCGGGAACCCCACAGCAGAACAGCCAGAAGGCAGAGGAGACCCCCAGCUUCCUGGACGAGCUCCUCCGCGACUUCCCAGCCCCGCUGGGCCCAGAGAGCCCUUUGCCAUGGAAGGUCCCAGGGACGAUGCUGAGCCAGGAGGAGGUGGAAGGCGAGCUGGCUGAGCUGGCCAUGGGCUUCCUGAGCAGCAGGAGCGCUCCGCCACCACUUGCUGCCUGCCUGGCCCACGAGGCAGUUUCCCAGCUGCUGCAGACGGACCUUUCUGAGUUCAGGAAGUUGCCGGAGCAGGAGGAAGAGGAGGCCCCUGUGACCCUGCUGGAUGCUGCGGGCCUGGCGCGGAGCCUCUUUGACCGGCUCUGGGAAGUGUGCAGCCAGUGGCAGAAGCAGGUGCCCGUGGCUGCCCGGGUCCCUCAGCGGCAGUGGCUGGUCUCCGUGCACGCCAUCCGCAACGCCCGCCGCAGGAUGGAGGACCGGCACGUGUGCCUCCCUGCCUUCAACCUGCUCUUUGGCCUAUCAGACUCUGUGGACCGUGCCUACUUUGCCGUGUUCGAUGGCCACGGAGGGGUGGACGCUGCGAGGUACGCAUCUGUGCACGUGCACGCUGUCGCUGCCCACCGACCAGAGCUGCCCACUGACCCCGCGGGGGCCCUGCGAGCAGCCUUCCGCUGCACCGAUGAGAUGUUCCUUUGGAAAGCCAGGCGAGAGCGGCUGCAGAGCGGCACUACAGGGGUGUGCGCGCUCGUCGCCGGGAACACCCUGCACGUGGCCUGGCUCGGGGACUCCCAGGUGGUCCUGGUGCAGCAGGGGCAGGUGGUGAAGCUGAUGGAGCCACACAGACCUGAGCGGCAGAGCCGCGGCUCCCAGUGCUGCCUUGGAACCAGCUGGUCUCCCCUUGGGCAGCGCGGGCACGCCAUCGGCACACGCGGCCUACCCGGCCCACCCUGGCUGUCUCCGCAGGACGAGAAGGACCGCAUCGAGGCACUGGGUGGCUUCGUGUCCCACAUGGACUGCUGGAGGGUCAACGGGACCCUGGCCGUCUCCAGAGCCAUCGGGGACGUCUUCCAGAAGCCCUACGUGUCUGGGGAGGCGGACACGGCCUCACGGGCGCUGACGGGCUCCGAGGACUACCUGCUGCUGGCCUGCGAUGGCUUCUUCGACGUGGUCCCCCACCAGGAGGUGGCCGGCCUCGUGCGGAGCCACCUGGUUGGGCAGCAGGGCAGUGGGCUGCGCGUGGCUGAGGAGUUGGUGGCUGCUGCCCGGGAGCGGGGCUCCCACGACAACAUCACGGUCAUGGUGGUCUUCCUCCGGGAACCCCGAGACCUGCUGGAGCCAGAGACCGAUGCUGUGCCGAGAAGCUAGGAGGUCCGGGCCCCCCGUCCCCGUGAUCCUCCCCCGCGGAUGCCUUAGGACACGGCAGGAGGUGGGCAGGUGACGCCACUCACAGCCUCUGGCCCUGCUUGCGUCACCCCAUCCUGGUGGCUGCCAGGGGCAUCGCCUGCUCACAGCAGACGGGGUGACAGUGGGAUGGCAGGAUGUCCAAAGGAAGUCCAGGAAGGAGACCUCACGGAGGAGAAGGGGCCCAGGAAGUGGACAGGCUCUGGGCCCCAUCGGGCAAGGGUGGGACCAGAGGCUAAGGCGGCGGCCACAGCCAAACCAAAGACACUGGGCAUGCUUGCAGGGUAGCAGGAUUCUGUGUGUGGGACCUUCGGGCAGAACCAGGAGCCACAGACAUUUUCCAGUGCCUGGGUGUCCAGCAAAGUUUUCCCAUCCACCCCUCACUGCCCGUCACUGGGAGGACUUGUAGGGACCAAUGUUCCUGUCUGGUCCUGGUGCCCAGCAGGUCCUGGCCGAGCCACGUGGCUUCCCAAGUGGGGAGGGUGGCCUCAUGGGGAAGGGGGAGGCGCCAGGGGUCUGAUCUGCCGUGCCCACUAGUGACCUCCCUGGUUCCCGCUCACCCCUCGUGCACCAGGGAGGGAACACUCAGACAAAGACACGUGUGUCUUGUUUGUGGGUUUUUUUUUUUUUCCAGGGAAAAGUCUAAUUCAGAAGCAGUAUUUCAGGUUUUGUCCUUGUUCUGUCAGUGCCAAUAGGACCCGUUGUGUCAUAUAACUUAAGCAGAGCUCAGCACUUAUUUUAUUCCUUAGAAAACUUAAGAAUUGCUUUUUUUUUUUGAGAAACUUCUUUUGCAGUAUUACUGGAUUUUUUCCCCCUAGAUCAGGAUUGAAACACACUUUUCCAGGUGGUGUAAAUAAGCCAUUCAAGUGCCUUAAACAGCUCUAGGCAAGGCUGGAACUGCCGGGCCUGUGACGGGUUCUGAUAGCACGUUUCAGUUUUUUCAAAAGCAGGAUUUGUUUUGUCAGAAUGGUAUAAUUCUGGCCAGAAUUCUUCCCGGAAGAGUUCUUUCUGCCUUUGUGAUGCGCCGAUGAGAACGUGGGCUGGGCCUUGGGGCUCCAGAGUCGGGGUGACUGUGGCCCUGCCUCUCACAUCUCUGACUGGACCCCAGGCUGAGGGACUGAGCUCCGCCAGUGGGCAGGUCCUUGCUGCUGUUUGGAAUGUUCCAGAGGUCUUGUGUGUUGGUAGUUGAAUUGGUUUCAACAGGAAACACACCGAAGGGGCUCUGCAAGGCCGAGGCAGCCUGAGGGUCUCCGGCUGUGUUUGGAGGCAGGGGGGAUGCCACGGGGAGUCUGUCCUGCUCUGCCUGUGGGUGGCGGCCUCUG